UCAGCUAUUGCCCGAGUUUCUUUCCUUCCUUCCACCACGACAACCGAGCUCCCUGCUGGCAAUUCUUACUCUCUUGAGAAUCGGUUUCGACAAGUAUCACCUACGAGGCUCAUUACCCCCGCCGCUCAUGGAAAAGGCUGCUCUUGUAGCGCUCUUGUAGCUGCACCCGAUACCUACCGACGAGGAGAUGUCUUGCUUGUGGUCCCAGCGAUAUUAAAGGUGCAUCCAUUACCAUGAUAAUUGUUGCAAAAAAAAUGAAUAAAAUCGCAGCUAUAACCUUUUGCCUCACUACUUGCUUGCCACAGCCUUCCUCUACGGUUGGUCAGCGGAUGCAUCGACAUUUCGAGCGAGCCUGCGAGCUUGGAGGGCCGAAUCAUUCGAGAAGCAAAGCGAGAGAUGGAGACUGUGACAUUGGAGAAGCUUCUUGGUAUGCCUGGUGCCAGUAGUGAGGCUGAGGCGGCGGGUACGACUGGUUUGGCAUCAUCGUUGUGAACCCCG